GCAACGUGGGUCGACGUAUUUAACACGGAACCCGCCAUUUGUUGACGAAUUUAGUACAAUCGAAACCACAAUAGAUACAAAAAACAGUCAUCACCCACAUCAUAACACAAGCUACACAAAGCCUUCUAGUAGCACGAUGAUUCAUUUUGUUGAGUGAAAAGCAUGACUCGGAGGAGAAGUGUCGUCUGGGAUUAUUUUGAAGAAGUCGGUACGGAAUGGGCGUUGUGCCUGUUGUGUAAACAUGUAUUGCGGAAACACGAACAAGGCAGCACCACACAGAUGCUGAGACAUCUGCGCACCAAACACACAAACAAGGCAGUCAUGGAACUUGAUCGGACCGAAGGGCAGGAAACCUCGACUGGACAACAGCCCACGGACCCUGGCGGCGCACAAGUGGAGGUGGAACUGGAAGAGGCAGACUCGAACAUCAUCGUAGCUGUAAACGACACUGACAUUGAUUAUGCACUAACUGGCAUCCUUGUAGCUGCACAGGGAGAGCCCAUGGAAGAAAAAACAGUAGAAGAAGUCAUGGUCAAAAAUCUGCUCCCUUUGAAGACAAAAUCACAACGUCGGAGUACGAUCUGGAGACACUUUGAGCACUUGGAAAGUUUAGAAGCUUGUCAAUGUUUGAUUUGCAAUAAGAAGAUAAAGUGCUCGUCUGAAAGCAGCACCAGCAACCUCCAUAGGCACAUGUCAAAGAGACACCCGCAUGUGAAUUUACGAACAGGAGAGGUGAUGAAUCAGCCAACAUCCAAUACAUCCUCAGACAUAAAUCCAAAGCAUCGUAGGAAGACAUUUCCAUCAAAGCUCAUCAAUGACGUAGCAGUUUCAGUGGAUAUGGAAAUGGAGGAGACAGAAUCUAACAUCAUUGCUGUAAACGACACUGACAUUGAUUCUGCAUUAAAUGGCAUCCUUGAAGCUGCACAAGGAGACAAAACGGAUAAAGUGGUCCAAAAUCCACUCCCUUCAAAGACAAAAUCACAACGUCGAAGUAUGGUCUGGAGACACUUUGAGCGUUUGGAAAGUUUAGAUGCUUGCCAAUGUUUGAUCUGCAAUAAGAAGAUAAAAUGGUCUGGGGAGGGCAGCACCAGCAACCUGCACAGACACUUGUCAAAGAGACACCCGCAUGUAAAUUUGCGGACAGGAAAGGUGCUGAAUCAGCCAACAUCUAACACAUCCUCAGACAUAAAGGAUGUAACAGUUUCAGAUGUGCUCCAGGUUUCACAGGCAACUGCAGGAGAGAGGCGUGCUUUUAAGAGGGAGCUGGAGUUGAUAGAAGCUCUAAGGAGUGCACAGAGGGAGGAGGCGCAGGCUCUGGAGCAUCAGAGGGAGCUUGUCGAGAAGCUGAGGGCUGUCAACGCCAGAGAGGCUGCUCUAGAGAAAGAGCAAAUUGAAUCUCUCAGGAGAGCACAGCAGGAGGAAGCCCAAAAAUUAAGCAGACAGAGAGAAGAGCUUGAGGUAGAAAAGGCAGCAUUACAGAGGAAAUAAGAACUCGAGCAAAAGGAGCAACUACUUUUGCUUUCAAGAGAACAUCCGACCUCUUUUUCACUAAUAGUGAGAUUUUUUUUUUUAAUUGACGAGUUUGACACCAACGCAAAUACCUGUUGUUUUUUUCUGUGACCAAAAUCUGCCUUGUAGGCCAGUUUUUGCAUCUUUGAUUUUGCUUCCUGAAGUAACGUAUGAUUAGUACAAAGUACAAACUCUAAAGGGUAAACAAGAGCAUCUCUUGUGCACAUUCCUCUACAGGUGCACUAAAAAUUCACAGCAACUACGCUACAGAGGGUAUUUAAGUGAAAGCAUGCAAUGCUAAUCUCCUCAUUUCAAACUAUUUAAUGAAACAAAUGCCAUAGAGCAUCAAUUACAGCUUUUCAUCGACCUCUUCUGGAGUACAAUUACGAGCCCCUACAAGGCAACUAGCUAAUUCCAAUGGUAUUCAGACCUGGAAGAAGUGCAGGUUGCUGAAUUUUAGGUUCCCCUUAUCUCCAGCAGCUGCCCCUAAUGAGCACUGUGAUCCAUGAAGAUCAAAUCAGGCCAAUGUUGUUUACAGGCACAAUAACUGUAUUGAUCAUGUUAUUUUGGUAGUAUGGGAUUGUCACUAUACUAUUCACAGAGUGUAUUGAAUCAAUCACAACUUGACUUUGCAGAGGUUUUUUCCUCUCAUCUUAGCAGGCUUCAUCAGUUCUAUGUAGACUAGAUUUGGCCUGUCUACGCAAGUGUGUGUGGAAGAGAAUAUUCAGUGUGGGGCAGUUUGUAUUAACUCAACCAGGGGUUGGGAACCUCUAUCAAAAGAGAGUCAUGUGCCUCCUCUUCAUUAAAGAAAAAGCUUACAACUACAAAAAUGAAACAUCCUAUAAAGUUUUAUGAUUUUAAUCUUUUUUUAUUUGACUUGUUACAACUAAAGAAUACUGUACAACAAAAAGAAGUGCAUGUGUAACAAAUACCAUGUGGCUGUGCAAUAAUAAAUAGUAGAGUAUGUUGGUUGAACCUCACAAGAACUGCGCUGCACAGUCUAGUGACAACCUCUGGUUUUCAUCUUAGUUACACAUUUGUAAGCCUACUUUGAAAUAAAUGACUACUUUUUAGAAAAUGCA